AACGCCGAUGCAUUUCCGGCGUCUGUGUUUCCAAAUCCUCACACAUGCCCAGUAGUGGCUCAUGCAUCUUUUUCCUAUUUCGAUUGCAGGAUGGUCGUUUUGAAUUUAACGCAUUUAAUAAAUUGAAUGAAGUGCCCACACAAGGCAGAUCAAAUUCCUUUCGAGAAGAGAGAGAUAAAAAACAGUAAAAUAUAAUCCCACCAUACAAUCGGUGCAGAGGGACGCCGGAAAAAAUAGCUUCUAAUGGCGUCCGGAUCGGUCCCAGAGGAGUUGCUGAUGAACGAUGAGUGGAUUCAGAAUUUAAUCGAGGUGGCCAAGGACACAGCACUGCUGCACGGGGUUUUGAUGCGAACCACGGAAAGCCCUAAUUUCCCGGAGGUGGUGACUCACGCGCCAUUCACGCUCUUCCCGUCCCCGGUCCCCAAAGGCCUCUUUGAGCAGGCACUUAAGGUCCAGACCCUCUUCAACCAGUUGGUGGACAGAAUUAGCCAGGAUCCCUGUUUCCUGGAGGAAGCCCUUGCCAGCACGGUCAAAGUGGACAAAUUCACGGCGAGGCUGUUCGACAUAUACAGACGAGUGCUGAAAGAGGGUCGAUCGCAGUCGAUAGUCCUGGGCUUGAAUCGCUCCGACUACAUGGUGGACCAGCGGCCGGAUGGGAGUACCUCAUUGAAACAGAUCGAAAUCAACACCAUCGCUGCCAGCUUCGGAGGGCUCUCUUCACAAACCCCAGCUGUCCACAGGCAUAUCCUGAAGGUCGCAGGUCUACUGGAGAUGCAGAAGAAGGUCCUGGACAAUGACCCAGCAGGAGGGCUGGCUGCUGCUCUAGCCAAGGCCUGGGAAUUGUAUGGGUCUGAGAGGGCCGUGGUCAUGUUUCUGGUUGAGGACGUCCAGACGAAUAUCUAUGAUCAUCGAUUUGUAGAGAACGAGCUGUGGAGGAGGAACAUUCCAGUCAUACGGCGGAGGUUCGCUGAUGUGUUUGAUACCGGAUUGCUAGAUUCGGACAAACGACUGUUUGUGGGAGGUCAAGAGGUCGCGAUUGUUUAUUUCCGCAAUGGCUACAUGCCUCAGAACUACACAGAACAGGGCUGGGAGGCACGGCUCAUGAUGGAGCGUUCCAAGGCCGUGAAAUGCCCAGACAUAAGCACCCACCUGGCCGGGACCAAGAAGGUCCAGCAGGUCCUGACCCAGCCUGGAGUUCUGGAGAAGUUCUUUCCUGAUGACCCAGAGGCUGUCGCCCAAAUCCGAGCCACCUUUGCAGGCCUGUAUACCCUGGACAUGGGUGCGGAGGGAGAGAAGACUGUGGCCAUGGCCUUGGAGAAGCCGGACCAGUUUGUUCUGAAACCACAGAGAGAGGGCGGAGGAAAUAACAUCUAUGGUGCAGAUAUCUGCCGGGUCUUGGAGAAGGUAAAGGGUGGAUCAGAGAGGACGGCCUAUAUCCUAAUGGAUAAGAUUUUCCCACAGCCAGUCCAGAACUACCUACUGCGACGGGGCACCCCAGUGAAACUCAGUCCCUGUAUAAGUGAAAUUGGUGCCUUUGGAGCCUAUGUCAGGCAGGGGACGGAGAUGCUGCUGAACGAGUGUGCUGGGCACCUGCUCCGGACCAAGAGCAUCGAACACGCUGACGGAGGGGUGGCUGCGGGGGUGGCUGUGCUGGACAAUCCUCUUCUAUUCUGAGGAUCUUCUGUCCAGUGACGUGCGAAAAGGUUAUGGACCAGAACUCACUUCAGUUGCUCUAUUGGUGACUUGUGAUCGGUGGCAUUUUAUGGUCGUAGUGACAAAUAAACAAACAAACAAUCAAAUAAACAAAUACAUAAAUAAGCAAACCAAUUUUUGCUUGUUUUGCUUGUUUUGUUUUGCUUUGCCCAUUUAAUUAGCUACUGUGGAGCACUAUUGGUGCAAUUUGAAAAUCUUAAAAUUGUCAUCUUGGAAAGUUUGAAUAAUUAUGAGGAAUUUAUUAGAGAUUUUUAUAUAAAAAUUAUUGGUAUGUAGGUUAUAUGAUCGGAAUUAUGUGAUUUAUAUUUUUUAGAAUCGUCACUGAAUAUAUAAAAGCUAUUUUACCAAUAAUGUUUUGACAUAUUUGACAUUUUCCCUUGUGAUGAUGUCUUGAAAUAUUAACAAUAAAUUUUAAUAAUGAAGAUCCAUCAUCCUGUAUUGUAAAAUCCCACCGUUUUAGUGAAUGUGAGGAAAAAAUAAAUUAUUCUUUAAAAAUC